AUUCUCCCACCACUGCUUUUAAGGAAGAACCACGCUCCAUGUCUCCAUUGCGAAAAGAGUAACGGAGCAGUUCAGCGGGGACCGAAGCAAAGCAGCGACCGCAAGCUAUCCUGCUCCUUCAUCCCUAAGCAAACACCACCUGCGCAGUCACCAAAAUGGCUCUCAGCAACACCCUCAUCGCCGGCAUUAAUUUCGUGGCCAUGCUUCUCUCCAUCCCCAUCGUGGCCGUCGGCAUCUGGCUCGCCACGCAGGCCGACAACUCCUGCGUGCAGCUUCUCCAGUGGCCUGUCAUCGCAGUCGGCGUCGUCGUCCUCCUCGUGGCCCUGGCGGGCUUCGUCGGCGCCUUUUGGCGCGUUCCGUGGCUUCUGCUCUUCUACCUGGUUGCCAUGCUCGUCCUUAUACUCCUGCUGGCCGGCCUUGUGGUGUUUAUCUACGCGGUCACCGUCAAUGGCUCAGGUCACCUCGCCCCGGGCCGAGCUUUCCAGGAGUAUCGCCUCGAGGACUACCCGGGGUGGCUUCGGCAGAGGGUGGAGGGACCACACCGGUGGAACCGCAUCAAGGAAUGUCUUAGCUCGACAGCAGUGUGUGCGGAGUUGAACCGGACGUAUAUAUCGGCUCAGCAUUUCUUCGAUGCAAGGAUCGGUCCCUUACAAUCAGGGUGCUGCAAGCCACCGACGGAGUGCGGAUACACAUUUGUGAACCCGACGUACUGGAUCAGCCCCAUCAGCGCCGCGUCCGACAUCGACUGCAUGCUGUGGAGCAACGAUCAGACGGUGCUUUGCUACUCGUGCUCGUCCUGCAAAGCCGGCCUCGUAGCCAACCUCGGAAGAGAAUGGAAGAGGGGCGAUGUGGUGUUGGUGGUGACCCUCGUGGCCCUCAUCGUCGUCUACGCCAUGGGUUGCUACGCUUUCCGGGAUGCCAAGACGCAGGAGCUGUUCCAGAGAUACAAGCAAGGCUACUACUGAGGAACCAAACAUGGGUUGCAGCUGGCAUUGAUGAAGGGGAGAAUAAAGAAAGAUGACGCAUCUGUGGAGAUUCCUGGGGUGGGUUGCCGAAAGGUGGUUCUAAAGGAGGAGGAGGAGGAGGGCUAGGUGUAAAGACAGAAGAGCGCAACAACGUGCGUAAACUUACUUUUGAUCCUCUGUAGCAAAGCUGCUCUGACGCUUUCUUAGAUUCCUGUCGAGAUUAUUAUUUCUCCAUGGAUAUGCCCUUUAAUAACAUAAAUCUACCAAAACUAGAAUUUAUUAUA